GACACAGCACGCCAUAGCCACAUACCGUAACGAGGAAUUUGCCCAAUACAAGAUACGAUGAAAAUCCAUACGCUCAAAAUACUACUCUCCGUAAUACCCCAGUCCCAGACUCCAUAUAACUCCAUCUGUCUUCUUCUUCAUUCCAUUGCAGAUUUGCACCACUUUCCGCCCGCCCACACCUCCUUCUCUCUCUAUAUCUACACUCUCAUGCUCCCUUCUUACAACCCAUUUCUUCAUCCUUACUGGGAAACUUCCAUUGUUCAAAAGUUGUACACACACAACACAAAUCUUGAAGAAUCACAGAAGUUUCCUUCAUAAAAUUCUACUGGGGUGCAGUAUAUCUUAAACCCUUCAUAUAAAUACAAAAAAGAAGUAUGGUUUGUUAGGGAGGAGAGGUAAACGAAAUCCUCUCUUGCCUUUCUUUGCGAGCUUACGAGCUUAAUCGCCGGCUUUCCGGGUUAAUUUGGAAGUGCAAAAGUCCCAAAACCCGGGAAUAACCGGUUUGAUUGCAUCUGAGUCGCUGAGUUUUCUGGGAUUUUUGGGGUUUAUUUUCUUUGGGAUUUCCCCUAUAUAAGAAACCAAUGCAAGGGAGAAGCAUUGGUGAUGAUGGAGUUCUGGGUUUUCAUUGUCGACUGCGAGUUUGGUUUUCCAGGUUAGUGAGCAUGAAUUGAGUGUUUGAAAGUUAUGUUCUGUGAGUGUGUGAUUGGGACAGGAAGGAUGUUGUAUCGAACUGUUCAUUGACCUGGGUGCAGUUUAUAAUGGAGAGUAGUUAUAGUCUAUUUAGUUAAUGGAUUAAGUAAUUUAGCAUAUUUCUAGGUAUGAUGUUGAAGUUGCUAGCAUCAGGGCUGUUUAUUUCGUCGUUCCUAAUUGUGCUAGCAGCUGCUGAUAAUGGCGUUCGAUGUAACUGUGAUGAUAUUGAGGGAGUUUGGAGCAUCGAGAGCAUUUUGGAGUGCCAAAAAGUUAGCGACUUUUUGAUUGCAGUGGCCUAUUUUUCCAUCCCGAUUGAGCUUCUUUACUUUAUUAGCUGCUCAAACAUCCCGCUUAAGUUGGUGCUCUUUGAGUUUAUUGCGUUCAUCGUUCUAUGUGGGAUGACUCAUCUGCUCAGUGGUUGGACUUACUACGGUCAGCAUCCGUUUCAGCUAAUGCUUGCCCUCACAGUGUUCAAAGUUCUCACGGCCAUGGUCUCGUUUGCUACUGCUAUAACGCUUAUAACUUUCAUCCCCUUGCUGCUGAAGGUGAAGGUGAGGGAAAUAAUGCUGAAGAAGAAGGCUCAGGAUCUUGGUCGAGAAGUUGGAAUGAUAAAGAAGCAGAAAGAAGCAGGGUGGCAUGUCCGGAUGCUUACUCAAGAAAUUCGCAAGUCACUUGAUCGCCACACAAUUCUGUAUACAACACUGAUUGAGCUAUCCAAGACGUUGGAUUUGUGUACUUGUGCGAUUUGGAUGCCUAAUGAGGGAAAAACAGAAAUGAAUCUGACUCAUGAGGUGAGGGGGAAGGACUUUUCGAAUUUAUACAACUACUCUAUUCCAAUCCUUGAUCCGGAUGUACAAGAAAUCAAGAAGAGCGUUGAAGUGAAACUACUUGACCCUAAAUCUGCACUUGCUGAUGCUAGUAGUGGAGGGACAAGCGAGCCCGGAGGUGUGGCUGCAAUAAGGAUGCCGAUGCUGAGGGUUGCUAACUUUAAAGGUGGAACCCCCGAGCUUGUGCCUGCAUGUUAUGCAAUUCUGGUGUUGGUGAUUCCCGCUGGGCAGGGGAGAUGUUGGGGCAAUCAAGAGAUUGAAAUAUUAAAGGUUGUAGCUGAUCAGGUUGCGGUGGCGAUUUCCCAUGCUGCAGUGCUCGAAGAGUCUCAGCAUAUGAGGGAGAAAUUAGUGGAGCAAAAUCGGUCACUACAACAAGCACAGAAGGAUGCACUGAGGGCCAAUCAGGCAAGAAAUGGAUUUCAAAUGGUCAUGAGCAAUGGGAUGAGAAGACCUAUGCACUCGAUUUCAGGCUUGCUCUCGAUCUUGCACGAUGAGAAAUUAAACAGAGAGCAAAAACUCCUCGUAGAUGCAAUGUCAAAAACCAGCAACGUCCUCUCAAACUUAGUAAAUGACGUGAUGGAUACUUCGACAAAGGACAACAGAAAAUUCCCACUAGACUUCAGGUCCUUUCAGCUACACUCUAUGAUAAAAGAAGCUGCUUGCCUUAUCAAGUGCCUUUGUGCUUUUAAGGGUAAUGAUUUUGCUGUUGAAGUUGACCGAUCCCUUCCCAAUCGUGUUAUGGGUGACGAAAGAAGAGUUUUUCAGGUUAUUCUUCAUGUGGUCGGGAAUCUCUUGAAGAUCAGCGAAGGAGGGUGCCUUAAAUUUCGCGUAGUACCUGAAAAAGCAAGCCAGGGAGGAAAUGAUUUCCGAUGGAAGACCUGGAGAUCAAACUCGUCUAGUGAAAAUGUUUAUAUCAGGCUUGAAAUCGGGAUAUGUAGUUAUAAGUCUAGGACAGAAGGUGCAACAUCGAACGUGUCCAGUCAGAAAUAUGGCAGUAGGGAGGUCGAGGAUGGCUUAAGCUUCAGCCUGUGCAGAAAGCUAGUUAAGUUAAUGCAAGGAGAGAUAUGGAUGGUCCCAAAUUCGAAGGGGUUUGAUCAGAGCGUAGCAAUUAUUCUUCCAUUUCAACUCAAGCCAUCAAUCGUUUUAGACAUAUCCGGGGAGUCCUCUAACCGAACAAAUCCGUAUUUUCUGUUUGAGGGACUCGAAGUCUUGUUAGCCGACUACGAUGAUCUGAAUAGAGCAGUAACUUGCAGGCUGCUUGAGAAACUUGGAUGCAUCGUUUCCACAGUUUCGUCUGGAUACGAUUGUCUCGGUGCACUGGGCCAUGGAGUAUCCUCGUUUCAGGUAGUCCUUUUGGAGCUUAAUUUACCCGAUUUGGAUGGCUUUGAAUUAACCAUGAGAAUCCGGAAGUUUCAAAGCCAUGGCUUCCCACUUAUCAUUGCUCUAACAGCAAGCAGCAAUGAAGAUGUGAUUGGGAGAUGCUUGCAAGUUGGAAUGAAUGGUAUUAUUCGUAAGCCAGUUCUUUUGCAAGGAAUUGCGGACGAGCUUCAACGAGUCCUAUACUCACAAACAGAAUCAUAUCACCUCCAGAAUGAAUGAUUCACUGGAGUGGUCCAUUGCACGACCUGGAAUGAUGAAGGUCAAAAUGGUAUUUGGACCGCAAAACAGUCCCACUACCAAGAAUCCAACACAGACAUGCUGCAUACCACCGCACAGGAUCAAAUCGGUAUAGAAUAUGCACUUCCAAAUUUUAUUUUUUUCUUUUUUUUUGCUCUCGUGUCAUAAUCUUCAAUCUUGAUAUUCAAUUGGCAGUUCAUUCUAUGCGUCUUCAUGCUUAUAACCCGACUCCUUCUGUCUAGCGAUCACUUAAGUAUGUACAGUCAAUGAAUACAUAACGAGGAACAUCAUAGCACACUACCGAGAAACUGUAAAUUGCUCACUUGUUGAUGUUAGGAGCCAGUUUUGUUUAACUUCUACCCAGUCUGAAUAUGCAUUGUGUUAUAUACAUGACUCUCUAUACUUGUGAUCUUCAGAUUAUAUAAUGUAUACAUACUUACACUACUCUUUAACUGUA